AUGGUUUUGGGCCGGCCGAGCGGUACGAUGAGAAGUGUGUGCGGUGGACAGCAGUGCAGAGAGGUGAUAGAGGAGAGCGUUGAGCGACAAGAGCUAGAGGAGAGCGUUGAGCGGCAAGAGCUAGAGGAGAGCGUUGAGCGGCAAGAGCUAGAGGAGAGCGUUGAGCGGCAAGAGCUAGAGGAGAGCGUUGAGCGGCAAGAGCUAGAGGAGAGCGUUGAGCGGCAAGAGCUAGAGGAGAGCGUUGAGCGGCAAGAGAUAGAGGAGAGCGUUGAGCGGCAAGAGCUAGAGGAGAGCGUUGAGCGGCAAGAGCUAGAGGAGAGCGUUGAGCGGCAAGAGCUAGAGGAGAGCGUUGAGCGGCAAGAGCUAGAGGAGAGCGUUGAGCGGCAAGAGCUAGAGGAGAGCGUUGAGCGGCAAGAGCUAGAGGAGAGCGUUGAGCGGCAAGAGCUAGAGGAGAGCGUUGAGCGGCAAGAGCUAGAGGAGAGCGUUGAGCGGCAAGGGCUAGAGGAGAGCGUUGAGCGGCAAGAGCUAGAGGAGAGCGUUGAGCGGCAAGAGCUAGAGGAGAGCGUUGAGCGGCAAGAGCUAGAGGAGAGCGUUGAGCGGCAAGAGCUAGAGGAGAGCGUUGAGCGGCAAGAGCUAGAGGAGAGCGUUGAGCGGCAAGAGCUAGAGGAGAGCGUUGAGCGGCAAGAGCUAGAGGAGAGCGUUGAGCGGCAAGAGCUAGAGGAGAGCGUUGAGCGGCAAGAGAUAGAGGAGAGCGUUGAGCGGCAAGAGCUAGAGGAGAGCGUUGAGCGGCAAGAGAUAGAGGAGAGCGUUGAGCGGCAAGAGCUAGAGGAGAGCGUUGAGCGGCAAGAGCUAGAGGAGAGCGUUGAGCGGCAAGAGCUAGAGGAGAGCGUUGAGCGGCAAGAGAUAGAGGAGAGCGUUGAGCGGCAAGAGCUAGAGGAGAGCGUUGAGCGGCAAGAGCUAGAGGAGAGCGUUGAGCGGCAAGAGAUAGAGGAGAGCGUUGAGCGGCAAGAGCUAGAGGAGAGCGUUGAGCGGCAAGAGAUAGAGGAGAGCGUUGAGCGGCAAGAGAUAGAGGAGAGCGUUGAGCGGCAAGAGCUAGAGGAGAGCGUUGAGCGGCAAGAGCUAGAGGAGAGCGUUGAGCGGCAAGAGAUAGAGGAGAGCGUUGAGCGGCAAGAGAUAGAGGAGAGCGUUGAGCGGCAAGAGCUAGAGGAGAGCGUUGAGCGGCAAGAGCUAGAGGAGAGCGUUGAGCGGCAAGAGAUAGAGGAGAGCGUUGAGCGGCAAGAGAUAGAGGAGAGCGUUGAGCGGCAAGAGAUAGAGGAGAGCGUUGAGCGGCAAGAGAUAGAGGAGAGCGUUGAGCGGCAAGAGAUAGAGGAGAGCGUUGAGCGGCAAGAGCUAGAGGAGAGCGUUGAGCGGCAAGAGCUAGAGGAGAGCGUUGAGCGGCAAGAGCUAGAGGAGAGCGUUGAGCGGCAAGAGCUAGAGGAGAGCGUUGAGCGGCAAGAGAUAGAGGAGAGCGUUGAGCGGCAAGAGCUAGAGGAGAGCGUUGAGCGGCAAGAGCUAGAGGAGAGCGUUGAGCGGCAAGAGCUAGAGGAGAGCGUUGAGCGGCAAGAGAUAGAGGAGAGCGUUGAGCGGCAAGAGCUAGAGGAGAGCGUUGAGCGGCAAGAGAUAGAGGAGAGCGUUGAGCGGCAAGAGCUAGAGGAGAGCGUUGAGCGGCAAGAGCUAGAGGAGAGCGUUGAGCGGCAAGAGAUAGAGGAGAGCGUUGAGCGGCAAGAGCUAGAGGAGAGCGUUGAGCGGCAAGAGCUAGAGGAGAGCGUUGAGCGGCAAGAGCUAGAGGAGAGCGUUGAGCGGCAAGAGCUAGAGGAGAGCGUUGAGCGGCAAGAGCUAGAGGAGAGCGUUGAGCGGCAAGAGCUAGAGGAGAGCGUUGAGCGGCAAGAGCUAGAGGAGAGCGUUGAGCGGCAAGAGCUAGAGGAGAGCGUUGAGCGGCAAGAGCUAGAGGAGAGCGUUGAGCGGCAAGAGCUAGAGGAGAGCGUUGAGCGGCAAGAGCUAGAGGAGAGCGUUGAGCGGCAAGAGCUAGAGGAGAGCGUUGAGCGGCAAGAGCUAGAGGAGAGCGUUGAGCGGCAAGAGCUAGAGGAGAGCGUUGAGCGGCAAGAGCUAGAGGAGAGCGUUGAGCGGCAAGAGCUAGAGGAGAGCGUUGAGCGGCAAGAGCUAGAGGAGAGCGUUGAGCGGCAAGAGCUAGAGGAGAGCGUUGAGCGGCAAGAGCUAGAGGAGAGCGUUGAGCGGCAAGAGCUAGAGGAGAGCGUUGAGCGGCAAGAGCUAGAGGAGAGCGUUGAGCGGCAAGAGAUAGAGGAGAGCGUUGAGCGGCAAGAGCUAGAGGAGAGCGUUGAGCGGCAAGAGCUAGAGGAGAGCGUUGAGCGGCAAGAGCUAGAGGAGAGCGUUGAGCGGCAAGAGCUAGAGGAGAGCGUUGAGCGGCAAGAGCUAGAGGAGAGCGUUGAGCGGCAAGAGCUAGAGGAGAGCGUUGAGCGGCAAGAGCUAGAGGAGAGCGUUGAGCGGCAAGAGCUAGAGGAGAGCGUUGAGCGGCAAGAGCUAGAGGAGAGCGUUGAGCGGCAAGAGCUAGAGGAGAGCGUUGAGCGGCAAGAGCUAGAGGAGAGCGUUGAGCGGCAAGAGCUAGAGGAGAGCGUUGAGCGGCAAGAGCUAGAGGAGAGCGUUGAGCGGCAAGAGCUAGAGGAGAGCGUUGAGCGGCAAGAGCUAGAGGAGAGCGUUGAGCGGCAAGAGCUAGAGGAGAGCGUUGAGCGGCAAGAGCUAGAGGAGAGCGUUGAGCGGCAAGAGCUAGAGGAGAGCGUUGAGCGGCAAGAGCUAGAGGAGAGCGUUGAGCGGCAAGAGCUAGAGGAGAGCGUUGAGCGGCAAGAGCUAGAGGAGAGCGUUGAGCGGCAAGAGCUAGAGGAGAGCGUUGAGCGGCAAGGGCUAGAGGAGAGCGUUGAGCGGCAAGGGCUAGAGGAGAGCGUUGAGCGGCAAGGGCUAGAGGAGAGCGUUGAGCGGCAAGGGAUAGAGGAGAGCGUUGAGCGGCAAGGGCUAGAGGAGAGCGUUGAGCGGCAAGGGAUAGAGGAGAGCGUUGAGCGGCAAGAGAUAGAGGAGAGCGUUGAGCGGCAAGAGAUAGAGGAGAGCGUUGAGCGGCAAGAGCUAGAGGAGAGCGUUGAGCGGCAAGCGAUAGAGGAGAGCGUUGAGCGGCAAGAGCUAGAGGAGAGCGUUGAGCGGCAAGAGCUAGAGGAGAGCGUUGAGCGGCAAGAGCUAGAGGAGAGCGUUGAGCGGCAAGAGCUAGAGGAGAGCGUUGAGCGGCAAGAGCUAGAGGAGAGCGUUGAGCGGCAAGAGCUAGAGGAGAGCGUUGAGCGGCAAGCGAUAGAGGAGAGCGUUGAGCGGCAAGAGCUAGAGGAGAGCGUUGAGCGGCAAGAGCUAGAGGAGAGCGUUGAGCGGCAAGAGCUAGAGGAGAGCGUUGAGCGGCAAGCGAUAGAGGAGAGCGUUGAGCGGCAAGAGCUAGAGGAGAGCGUUGAGCGGCAAGAGCUAGAGGAGAGCGUUGAGCGGCAAGAGCUAGAGGAGAGCGUUGAGCGGCAAGAGCUAGAGGAGAGCGUUGAGCGGCAAGAGCUAGAGGAGAGCGUUGAGCGGCAAGAGCUAGAGGAGAGCGUUGAGCGGCAAGAGCUAGAGGAGAGCGUUGAGCGGCAAGAGCUAGAGGAGAGCGUUGAGCGGCAAGAGCUAGAGGAGAGCGUUGAGCGGCAAGAGCUAGAGGAGAGCGUUGAGCGGCAAGAGCUAGAGGAGAGCGUUGAGCGGCAAGAGAUAGAGGAGAGCGUUGAGCGGCAAGAGAUAGAGGAGAGCGUUGAGCGGCAAGAGAUAGAGGAGAGCGUUGAGCGGCAAGAGAUAGAGGAGAGCGUUGAGCGGCAAGCGAUAGAGGAGAGCGUUGAGCGGCAAGCGAUAGAGGAGAGCGUUGAGCGGCAAGCGAUAGAGGAGAGCGUUGAGCGGCAAGAGAUAGAGGAGAGCGUUGAGCGGCAAGCGAUAGAGGAGAGCGUUGAGCGGCAAGCGAUAGAGGAGAGCGUUGAGCGGCAAGCGAUAGAGGAGAGCGUUGAGCGGCAAGCGAUAGAGGAGAGCGUUGAGCGACAAGCGAUAGAGGAGAGCGUUGAGCGGCAAGGGAUAGAGGAGAGCGUUGAGCGACAAGAGAUAGAGGAGAGCGUUGAGCGACAAGGGAUAGAGGAGAGCGUUGAGCGACAAGAGAUAGAGGAGAGCGUUGAGCGACAAGGGAUAGAGGAGAGGCGUUGA